AUGUCAAGUUCAGUUGGCUCCAUGGAGUUGGAGAGCAGGAACGUCUUCAAUUUCAACUUGGCGUUGAAUGAAUCUCUUGUUGUCUCGGCUCCUACAGGCUCAGGCAAGACAGUUCUCUUUGAGUUGGCUAUUAUUCGACUUCUUACGGAAGCCGAAAAUGAUGUUCAUCAAGGAUCUGAGGCGAAAAUUGUUUACAUGGCACCAGUGAAAGCUCUAGUAAGCGAGAAGUACAAGGACUGGGUGGACAAGUUCUCGGUGAUCGGAGUGAGCUGCUUGGAAGUAACGGGUGACUCGGACUUCAUGAGUUUGGUGACAAUCAGGGAUUAUCAGCUGAUACUGACCACUCCAGAGAAGUGGGACUCUAUGACUCGGCUCUGGAAGAAGACUGACCACUUAGCAAUCAUACAGCAGGUCAGGCUGUUCCUUAUCGAUGAGGUGCAUUUACUGAACGAGGAGCGUCGCGGCUCCACCCUGGAAGCGGUGGUUUCGAGGAUGAAAACAGUGCAGAAAACGAAUGAUCGGUCGUCGCCAGGGGGUGUGAGGGGUCUGAGGUUUGUGGCUGUUUCGGCCACCAUUCCCAACGGGGAGGAUCUGGCAGUUUGGCUCGGAACUAAUGACCGACCGGCCCGAUUUGCUAAGAUUGGGGAAGACAUGCGCCCUGUGAAAUUGAAGAAAUUUGUCUUGGGAUAUCGAAAUGACGAGUAUAAAACAUCAUUUGCCUUUGAUAUGAGUCUCAGUUACCAUUUGAAGAAUGUUGUUCUGAAAUACUCCAAUGGGAAACCGACUUUGGUAUUCUGCAAUUCGAGAAAAAGCGUCCAAACUACAAGCUCUAUUCUUGUGAAGCAAGUCAAGUUCCAGACGGAGGGAGCGGACCGACAAAUUCUGAUAGAUGCUGCCAAUCAGAUCUCUGAUGUCACUCUUGCUGAUUUGCUGAAAGCAGGAAUCGGCAAUCACCAUGCAGGAAUGGCUUUGAAUGACAGAUCACUCGUUGAACAGCUUUUCAGAGAUGGCAAACUUCCUGUAUUAGUUGCUACAAGCACCCUGGCAAUGGGAGUGAACCUUCCCGCUCAUCUAGUGGUGGUGAAGUCGACCGAAUGCUACAUGCAGAAUGAAAUGAAGCCGUACACAGACGCCCAAAUCCUGCAGAUGAUCGGGCGAGCCGGCAGGCCUCAGUUCGACACCUCGGCAGUUGCUGUUAUCAUGACGAAAAUGGCCGACAAGGAGCGCUUCGAGCGCCUAGUAAGCGGCACCGAGCCUAUUGAAAGCACCCUGCACAAGAACCUGGCUGAGCUGCUGAAUGCAGAGGUGGUGCUUCGCACUGUGACUGAUGUGGCGGUGGCUGUCGACUGGAUCAGCUCCACCUACUUCUAUGUGCGCGCGUCCCGGUGUCCACAGCGCUACGGUCUACCUGUGCAUCUGCCCUUGGACGCGUUCCAUGCCCGCCUGCAUGAUAUGUGUAUGAUAGAGCUGAACGGUCUGUCUCGUCACAAAAUCAUCGAGAUGUCGGGUGGUUACGAUGUGAGUCCCACAGAGGAAGGCAGUCUCAUGGCCAGGUUCUACAUACAAUUCGACACCAUGAAGCAAUUCAUGCAGAUGAGGAGUGAUGAAUCGAUUGAAGGGCUACUUCAGCUGCUAUCCAAGAGCGGCGAGUUCGCAGACGUGCGUGUGCGAGUGGUGGAAAAACGGCUGCUCAAUUCGCUGAAUGGUACUAAGAAGGACGGAGAGAGAAUUCGAUUCCCCAUCAACGAGAAAAUAAAAAGCAAGGAGAUGAAAGUCAAUUGUCUGAUUCAAGCUACUUUGGAUGGUCGUCAAGUUUACGAUAAUGCGUUGAGCCAAGAGGCGAAACAUAUAUUGGGAACUGCUUCACGACUUUCAAGAGGCCUAGUGAUGCUAGUGUGGAACAGAGGAUACUUCCGUAGUCUGCUGAGCGCUCUCUAUCUCUCCAAAUCAUUGCACUGCAGCAUGUGGGAGAAUUCGACGUUUGUUUCGCGGCAACUGCCUGGCAUCGGGCCUGCCCUGUCCACCCUGCUUGUCAUGGCUGGUAAAACUACGUUUCGCUCCUUGCUGGAUGCCAAUCCUCGCGAUUUGGAAUCGAUUCUGAACAGAAACCCACCAUUCGGCAACAACCUGCAGAAAGACGUGAUGAGUCUGCCGAUGUAUGACCUGCGGAUUGUCGAACUCAGAGAGGAGAGCUCAGUCGAGGUGAAGCUGUCCAUCACGAACCGGGACACCGUCGAGGAGUUUGGCGACCUUGACCACAAGAGUGCACUAGUGGUCGGGGUGGGGGGAUCCUUCAAUAUAUUGCUGCACAAGGAGAAUAUCAGAGACCAAGCCUUGAUUCUAAGAGGUGGAGAGUAUUCGGUAAAACUUUCUCUUGCCAGUGCGGUUGACUUCAAUGAAGUUGAAGCACAUUUGAUUAGCACCUCAAUUGUUGGCUUGGAUGUAGUAACAAAGUUGAGACUGUCCAACUCCCCUCCCAGUCCCACUAGACAGAGACAGCAAAACGUGCAGACGUGUAUUGACAAGUACAUGAAGAUGAAGCGAAACAUUCCCAGAGAGAAAAGCCCCAAGAUAUGCAAAGUCGAUAAGAACGAGGCUAAGCGACAAUCGAAUCUCUCGUUCAACAUGGACAAAUUCGUUUGCCGAGCAAAAAGCAAAAAAAGUAUCACAGAGCUGUCUACAGAAACUGAGAGCGCUCAGGAAAUGAGAACGUCGCCUUUUAGCGACAAUUCGUCCCAUGAGAAGAGCGAACUCAGUGUGGAGGAAGGAAGUGGGGCAGGAGGAAAUGAGCAGAAACAAACUCGAAGUGAAAACUCAGUGAAACUAUCGUCUGGUCGUUCACACCGUGGCUUGGAUACCCCAAGUGACAUUGAUAGCGGGUAUAGUUCGGUACAAGUCCGCGGGAACAGUAACCGUUUCAUGACUGACAUUCAUAGAGAGGAGUCAAAAGAAAAUCACAUAUUUAACUCAAAUUCUUCGGUAACUAGUAGAGAUGACAACAAUACCCGUCAAUCAAAACCGGAAAUGGAUGUGGUGGAACAAAUUUGUAGCAAAUACAAGGGACCCAACUCCUUAUUUAAGUGGACUAAACGUAUUCCCAGAUUUUCCCAGCCUAAAAACGAACCAGCAAGAAGUGAUGACCAGUUAGAACCUACCUAUGAAGAAAAACUUGUACAGGGAAUUUGUGAUGAAGUAAGCAACAGAAUAAAGGCUCAGAAAAGUUUGAAUCCUUUGGGAAGGAAGGCUGCCAACUUACAUCCCGCUCGGAAAGCUCAGUCUACCUGUGGUACAACAAAGAUUACUGACUACUUGGAUAGAAGCUUCAGAAAUUUCAAGUCUGCAAGAUCCUUGUUCAAUGAUGGAACACCAAAGUCAACAAUAUCAGAACCUGUUCAUGGUGGGAGAGGUGGAGGAAUCUUGAGGAUUCACGAAAGGAGUGAAGAAACCAUUAGGAUGCGAAAGAAUGGUAGAGAAACUUUUAGGAUUCCUUCCAGAAAUGACAAUCAUAAAGGUACUUCUCUCGCCAGUGAUUCUCGAUCAUCAAGAUUAUCAAGAAAUGACUUUGAGGAGUAUAAUAGGUCAGUGAGUACCCGCAAGCCUCAAGAAUCUGACAUUGUAGAAUCCGAUGACAAGUCUUAUGAAGCAUCAGAUGACUCUGUGUUGAACAAUUAUUACAGUACGCCUACCAAUUCAAAUUAUAAAUUGUCCAAUUCGAUAGAUGAUAAUUGUUCCUCAGAUAGACGUUCCAAGUCUGAAGAGCAUGAAAUGUUCUCAUCAAAUUACAAGUCAAAUGGAGUUUCAGAUGAUUUUAUGAUCAGCAAUUACAAGAGACCUCCCUAUCAAGAACACUAUAGCUCUACUAACAGAGCUGAUACUCACGACAUGCAAAGCUACAGAUUCACUAGCAAGUCUGAAACUGAAAUGCUAACAAAUGAUUCUCCAGCUAGAAUUUCAAGACCUCCCCGAUCAAACGUUCCAAGACCUCUAUCAAAUGAGAUAGUGCUGGCAGAUUGCCCAGUAGUUAUCAGCAGGAUUUCAAGACCCCAAGUAGAUAGAAGGCAGUCACAAGAUAAUGGCGGUUUCAGGGUACCAGAAGAUUUCCCAAAUGAAAUAAAUAUGGAAGAACCAAUUGCCCUCACCAGGAUGUCUAGAGCUCGAGUUAAUGAUGAGAAAUCAAGAGAUUUUGGUGAGUUUACAGUAUCAAAAACACAAAAACAAAAAGCUCUGGAGAGUGAUUCUUCAAUAAUUGAUACCAAUGGCACAAGCAAAGUUAAAGUGAUUGAUAUAAGUUGUUCUGAAGAAUCUUCUGAUGAGAAGACUGCAUCCAGUGUCGCUUCUGAUAACAAAAAUAUAUCAGGUAUGAAAAUGCUAUCAUCAGGCCUACCUGACAAAAUUGAAAAGGGUUGUGAGGAUACAUAUCCAGUAGCAACACCUGAAGAAAAGAAUGUAGAAAAUUCAGAAUCUGUUCACGAAAAAAUCAUGACAAGCACAACUCAAUCAGCUCCGCGAUUUGUUCCGGAAAUCUCAAUAGACCCAGAAGAUGUUCAAGCUACUACACAAAUCGUCGAAAAUUUUGGGUUGAGAAAUACAAAGUUUUAUCCCAUUUUCUCGAAGAGAUUGAAUACAAUGCUUGAGUCAAGCAAGAGCUUGCUGCCUGAAACAAAUAACUAUUCUGAUGAGAAAUUGGAUAUUUCUCCUGAAAACUUGCAGGAUAAAGAAUGUGGAGAUACCAUUGGAGUAGAAAAUGAGGACAGGCUCUCUCAACAAUCUGUUGGAAGAGUCAAAAGCUUGGAAGAUUCAACAACUGAUUUAAGAGAGAUGAUGGAUAACUAUGAUGUACACUUUUCCAAAAAAAAAUCAGGUUUGAGAAUUCUACAGGAUUCAGACAUUGGUUCUCAGAAGAUAUUGAGCUACAAUGAAGCACAAUUGUUUCAACAAUCUGGUUUCAGACCUGUGGAAGACUCACCAGUUGAUUUACACAAUAUAUUGGGCAACGAUAGUGAUACAAAUGAAAGAAUCCAUGCUCCUAGGUUGAACUCAAAGAAAAAUGACACUCCAGUUCCCAAUUCAAAUCAAGACGAAAUAGAUCCUUCCUCAUAUCAACAACAUGUUGUUGAAGCUGAACAAACUGAUACAUUCCCUCAAAACUGUUCUCAACCUACUUCAAAUUGCAUACAGUCUCAGACUAAGGCAGAAAAGCAAGCCGUUCAAACCACAUAUUAUAGCAAAGCCACGCAAUCGUUAAAAGUUGUGAUGGGGGAAGUUGCAAAUUAUGAUGAUUCUUAUUAUUCACUGAGUAUGGAUGCUAUACGUGGUCAACCAUCUCAUGAACAGAAUCUUCCAAGAGUUGAUCACAGCUCAUUCCAACAAAAUCCUUACCCCAAGACUGAAGGAAGAAAUGUAAAUAAUUGGCAGACGAAUAAAAUUACUGAGAUAGCAAGUACCCCCCAGGACAUAGAGGUUGCAACGUAUUUGCACAGUAACACAGCCACUGAAGGUGUGAAUUACACAGAUCUCCCAAGAUAUCCUAAAGAGUUUCAAGUUGAUAAAAAUAAAACAUUCCAAAAUAAUGGAACCGCUUCAAAUCUUUCGAGAUUAUCUAAACAAUCUGCAGUUUAUACUCGCGUUGAUAACAACGAAAAUAUAGAAAAAUCUAAUUUUAGAAAUGCACAGGUGCAAAACAAUAAAGAUUAUGGAAUGAAGAAAUUCAAUGAAGAAAAUAAUUAUGACAGAUAUGAACGUUUUGGGCCCAAAAUACAGUACCAUGCUUCAGACUCUCUCUCCAGUUACACCAACGAGACUCAAAUGAGUAGAGUAUCACCUAAGAUUUUACCAGACAAAUCUCAGGGACCGUUCGACUACAAUAAUCAAUAUCAUACAAAAAAUCAUUGGAAUGUAGAGAAAGAUGAUAUGAAACCGUGGCAGACUUUAUCUCAAGAGAGUUGCCUCAUGCUUGACCAAACGGUCCAAAUGAUCAAAAUGGAUGAUUUUGAGAACGGUUAUUUCACAACAGAGGAAAAACAAUAUGAGCACAACCCAAAUAACGUUCGUGAAGAUGCUCGUAAAGUUGUCAAUGGCGCAGACAAUACGACCAGACCAGCAAUAUCAGCAAACCAUUGCUCCAAUGAUAACUAUCGCCAUAAAUCCCAACCCGGACACGAAUUUCAGCCAAAUAACCUGAAAUCAGAUUCGCCUAUUAGCUGUUCCGAGUCUCACGACAACGAAGAGAGAAUCAUGAAUACGCCCUCCAAUCACCAACUAAAGAACGUGGAGACUAUCGAGAAAUGCCAGAGAUAUUUGAGAAAUCAACAAGAAACUAAAAACAAAUAUACGGAAAACAAAUCUGAAUCUUUGAAUUAUAAAGAAGAUAUUGACGAUGAGGAUGAACUCCUUAUCUGGGAUGAUAGUAGAUCUAGGUACUUCUCGUGUAAGGAAGGAAAAACCAGUAAGGGUGAUGAGGGGUAUCAUCCAAGUAUGAUAUCUUCGAAUACUUCAAGUUUAAAACGGGAGCUAAUCGAUCUCUCAAGCACUGCCAACCAGCAUGGAAUACCACUAGCAAAUUUCAACGCAACAAACAUGUCAAAACUCUAUGUGGAAACCUACGAUCCAGAAAACCUGGUGAUAUCUCAAGAGCAAUUCUCCCCACCCAUUAUGAACUCAAAUAAUAAUAGCUUUGAGGUCUCCGAUAACCUUCUGGAACCUGGUUCAAGUUUCUGUUCUCAAAUAAAAUUGGAAGAACCCGAUUACAAGUUGGAGACAUCUGCUUUGAAAAUGUUGGAGAGGUGUGAUAGGAAGUCGCCAAUUGAGAGGUUUGGCGGUUGUAGAUUGCAGGUGAUUGGAGGAGCAUGUGGAUAUCACACGAGUACAAUGCGUCAGGGUUUGUUGAAGACAUCUUCACAUAUGCACUAUGCUUGUGGCUCCAGUGAUCCCACAUCAAGAAACAGCAACCCAGUCUGUUCAGGAAGACGGGACCUCACCAGCGCAUGUCCACCCAAACAAAGCUGCCCGUGCUUCGCAACCAGCCACCGCCACAACUAUUUCGCCGAGUCAGCACCACCCUGCUCUCUCACCUCUUCCGGCUGCCACGGCGCAUGCGCGAACAGAUGCAAUGACGUCAUCAGGACGCAGCAGCCAAUGGGAUGCAGUUGUUACAGCUGUGGCAGUCGGACCCGAAGCCAGUGCUGUGCUACGUCAUCACAAGUAAAGCGCAGCUGUUGUGGGGAUGGAGGCCACAGUCAAGUGGGAUAUGGACAUUCAGGUGUCCGAGACUUCAUUUCAGCUGGAGAGCUGCAAGCCAGAUCCAAUUCAAAUCUGACGACCCCAUCCUACCUUCUCUCUUCCUCAGCGGCACCCUCCACAUGCGGUUGCUCCAACUGUGACAAGUUGUCACAAUCCCUAUCACAGAACAACUUCUAGGGGCCACAACUGGUAACUUUGUUGGAAAAUAGUUUAUUCACCCUUACAACUCACAACCACAACCGUUCCAGGCCUUUGAACUAUAAGAUUUGUUAGUAAAUUGGGUCACUUAUAGCUUCACAUUACAUUAUAACUUCACAUUGAUUGUAGAUAAAAUUAGUUGUUUAUAAUCAAGUUAUCAGAGGGACUCUCAACUAUCAACUUCAUUGGAUAAUAGUUUUUCAUAGCCUUUCUCAAUAGCCACUGAAAUUAUGAUUAAUUAAAUAAUUGAUCGUUGUUCAAUGACGUAGUAGAACCUAGUUAUUAUUUUAUUAGUUGAGUAAGUAAUUUUGUUAUCAAUUAAAGAACCGUGAGUUCAAACCUUGAAUGAACUGUUAAUGAAUACGUUGGUCAUAAAUACGUUGGAAUUAUAAGUGGAUACUCUGAAUAAUUAAAUAUCCAUCGGUUGGUUAAUAUAUAUGAUAG